AUGAUCAAGAUGAUGAUCACGGUGGUGACGGUGUUCAUGUUGAGUUGGUUGCCGCUGAACACCUACAUCUUGCUGUCGGACCUGGACCCGGGCGUGAACAACUACGAACACAUCCGUUACGUCUACUUCGUCAUCCACUGGCUUGCCAUGAGCCACGCUUCGUACAACCCGCUCAUCUACUGCUGGAUGAACUCGAAGUUCCGCGAAGGCUUCUGCCAGCUGUUCCGGCGCUCGCAGCUCUGCUGGCCUGCGCGGCUGCGCCACCGGCACCCGCUGCGCAAGGAGUCCGCUGCCGAGGUUGCCGCGCUGCGCCGUUGCAAUACGUACACCACGUACGUGAGCGUGCGCGCAGUGCCGGGAUCCAGCUUCCGCUUCACCAAGGAUGCCGCGCAAACCAACGGCAAGCCGAGGCGCUACGAGGACUCCAGGGUUUAA